UCCUCGGCUUGUGUGGAGCCGGCGUCAGUGGCACUGGGAACGGGGUGAAUCUGUCGUUCCCUAAGAUGUUCUCAUCAAGUUCCCCACUUCGUCUCACUUUCUACGAUCGUUGGGAGCGACCGAGCGUUGUCGAGAAUCAUUGAAGAGAUAUCGGACUUACCGCCAUAGCUACAGGCCGUCGUCAUGAAGGGCGCAAUUAUCUGUCCGUUGAAUGACUAGUUUUUCCCUUGUGGCUGGCACGGCAAUGGUUUCAUGCAGACCUCUGCCAUUUUCCUAUCUCCUUAUCGGUGUAACUGUUUGUGCUUAUAAAACCAUUUCGCUGAGUUGGGUGAUGAAGCUGUGUGUGUGUCGAUUUUUUGAGCGAGUUCUUAGGACGCGGUUUGCAAUGCGGCACGUUUGGUGAUUCUGGCCUGCGGAGGAUGAGAGAGAGAGAGAGAGAGUUUGCGUGUGUGUCUUGGUAUACUGGUUUCGAGUGUGCGGGUGCACCAUAGAGAUGUGGACGUUGUUGUGGUGAUUCGAGAACUGGAGCGGGAGUAGCUAGGUUUCAAGGCCUUCUGGGAUGUGUGAAUGCCGCGUUACUCCCUUAGAUGCCAUUGCUGUCGUCGUUGUAAAUCUCACAUCUGUGGUUUAGCUGGUCGCUUUGACAUUGCAGUGCGGAUAGUUUUUGGAUGUCACGUGUAGUUUUCCAGUGAUGCGCUUCUCGCGACCGCUGAUAUGACUGAGUGAAUUGUGUGGUGUCGACAAUGACCCGUAUUGGUUUUGUGUUCCAUUAUUGAUAUCUUUGCCCUGGAGUCUCAGUGGGUGAUGGGGGAACCAUGUCCGCUGAUCUGAUAUGGCAUUUGCCUUGUCGGGAUUACGGCUUUCUACGAUUCUUGGAGAGCAACUGCUGUCGGAGGUUUGGACUUGAUACUGUUCUACAACAGCAACUUGAAUGAGAGCGAAUCAGUUCCAGUGAAACCUGCCCAACAAACAAAGGUGUCGAGUUUGCUUGAAUGCAGGGUGGAUCAUUCGUACAACGGCGGAGUAGAGGUUUCUGAAACUUGGCAAUAUAUGUUCCUUAGAUUGUUUGUGAAACGAAACUAAAGGGAAUGUAUAGCGAUAGUGGAAGCGGACCGUGGUGAAGGAAGCCUUAAUUGCCUGGAUUGGGUUGGAGAUUUCUACAGUAUCCUCCUGCUGUGAAAUUUUCGGAAAAGUUUCGGAGACCUCUAGUACAAGCCCUCGUCUUCUGGGUGGACAGAACAUCUGCCUAUAGUUUGGUGAUCACAAGAGCUAGUCUCGCAGCAAUGUUGGAUUUGGAGCACAGACCAGUGGAGGCUUUGAAGGAAACCCUCACACAUCACCAAGCCCAGCUCGCAGGUCUUAAGCGCCUCUCUGCCCGUGCUAGUGCAGGUCCUUCCACUCCUGGAACGCGGCGUGUUUUUUUUUCCUUUUCUGCUUAUGCCCGUAGUGUGAUUGAUCACUUAAAGAAAUGUGAAGUUCCUAUCGCUGAAGGCCUCUCCGACGAAGAGUUCGAAAAAAUCGAAGCCACCUAUGGCUUCACUUUCCCUCCCGAUCUAAAAGGUAUACUUCAAGAAGGUUUACCUACAGGAUCAGGGUUCCCGAACUGGCGGACAGGAAAUGUGCAGCAGCUUCGCAUGCGCAUUAAUCUUCCCAUACUUCGGCUGUUGCACGAAGUUGCACAUUCUAGAUUCUGGUGGAAACCAUGGGGUCCGCGGCCUCUGGAAAUUGAUCAUGCAGUCCGAAUAGCACGGUCUGCUCUACGCAAAGCACCACUUCUUGUGCCCAUGCAUGGUCACUGUUACAUUUCGUCUGCGCCAAACGACGCAGGCAACCCUGUUUUCUUAGUGUACCAGAAUAAUGUUGUGUAUUGCGGAUACGAUGUAGCAGACUUUUUCGAGCGGGAGGCUUUCCGUGCCCAUGACGGUGAGCCUCCGUUCGAAUUGGAUGAGUGGCAGGGUAGCAUGACAAGUGGUCGAAGCAGUAUCAGUGGGAGCGGAGAGCUGCGGCGAGCGGAGCAAUACACUGCCGAUAUUGAUUCCACACAUCGCACCUCUAGUUCUUCGUGUGUAACAGAUCUGUCGGACUUGUCAGGGUCUGGGAGCGCGGAGGGCCAGAGAGAGACAUGGGGUCGCAAUUUGGACGUCCUUGCAAAGAAUGCAGAGAAUCUCGGUAGCCCGCGGAAGAAGGGAAGUCUCUUUUCUAGGUUUGGGCGGUCCAGAUCACAGAGGGCGAAUUGUCUAAAGGCCUCUAGCACUGUGGACGACUUGGCGCAAGAAACUGAGUCUCCACGAUCCUCCGUAUGCCAGGAGGAUUUGCUUCGCUACGGACAGAUCAUAGAAAAGUCUUUGCCUCCCAAGGCCUUGAUAAACCUUUCCAUGGCAAUCCCACCUUGGGCUGCUCGAUCCCCUCGUAGGAUAGAAUUUUGGAGUGAGCUCGUGGAUAAGUAUCAAAAACAGAGAAACGACUCGCUCAAGGAAUGCCGAACUCUUCCUCCAACCCCGAAUUUAGAAGUGACUACUCCCUCGUGUCCGUCGAUCGUGAAUGUUGACAGAAUGGAACGAACAGCAGUGAAGUCUUCGAAGUGGUUGACUGGCUAUUUUGAAGAGAUGUCUCUGGUGCUCCGGCAGGGCGGGUGGGAAGAGAACGAUAUUUCUGAUAUGAUGGAUCCCAAAGCUUCUCCCGAGUUUUGGAAUCAACAAUUGGACGCAGAGGCAGUUUUGGUCACUUUAGCUAGGGAAGUGGAGCUGCUUUCUACUUCAUUGAAGAAAGCUGGGUGGAGUGUUCCUGAUGUAACUGAAACCAUGAAAACGGGCUUCAAUGCUGUAUGGUGAGUUUAAGACGUAGACGACGCUGUCUACAAAAUUUCGUCAUCUGCUACCCGAAGUUACUCCCAUCCUCCUUCAAUCUGCUCGGGUUAUCACCGUAAGGUUUUCCAGCACAUUGUUGAGGACUAAAGAUGGGAAGCCGAAGAUAUCAAUCUACCCAACGUGCAACCCAGCUCGAAAUGUGUUGAGUUAUCAGCGCCUGACCAGAGCAAGUGGAUUGCUGUCGGUUUUUUCAUUGUUUCUCAGAUGAACCAUACAUACCACUUGGAAUAUGAGAAGGUGGACUUCACGGGGAGAAGGAAACUUGCGAGACUACUGGCUGAAGUAAUGAUGGCCGGAGCAGCUCUUUUGUAUCAUACAUUACCGAUCAUAUUGUGUCACAUCCUGCAUUUGGCUUUGAAGAAGCUGCGUGCCUUAAAGGAUUGUAUUUCUUGGUGCACACUUGAAGGCAAGAGCAGAGUAGACAACAAUGGAUAUCUGCGAAGACGUAUCUUUCCAUUGCUGACCCUCACAUAUGGCCAUGUGGUCUUACUUGAGAGAAAAUAUUAAAAAGUCAUUUUCGUCCUUUGUUGCAACGAGGACACAGUGUUGUACAAUUUGAAGUAAGCUCCAUAUAGGUCGCGGUGGAUUGAGCACCCAUCUUCAGAUAGGAAGUCAAAUAAAUGCAAAUCAAGUAGGAUUUCACUAGUACCACUUAUGUACAGCAUUAUUGGCAAUUACAUUAAAGUUGCAAAAUCGCAUAUAUGUGUGAUGGAAGAUAA